AUGACGGGAACGCUCAUAGAAAUGCUUGUUGACAGGGGAUGUCUGAACUGGGAUCUCACGCUGCCUCAAGCAUUGCCCGAGCUUGCUCCUAUUAUGUCAAGGGGUCAUCUGAAAACCACAAUCGGCAUACUCGGCGCUCCUCGCACGGGCAUCCAAGAGGACCUGCUGACAGACGCGGCGUUUUUCGAAAAGUGA